AUGGGAUAUCUCGUUGUCAUUGAGACCAUAAGUGUGUCCACACUGGAGAAAGACCAUUUUGUUUGUGACAUUUGUGGAACAGAUUUUUCAAGUAAAGCCAGCCUUAUCCGCCACAUGAGAACCCACACUGGAGAAAAACCAUUUGUUUGUGGCGUUUGUAGAAAAGCAUUUUCUCAUAAAAGCAUCCUAACUGACCAUCAGAGAGUCCACACUGGAGAGAGACCAUUUGUUUGUGACCUUUGUGGAACAGAUUUUUCAAGGAAAGCCCAUCUUACCCGUCACCUGAGAUUCCACACUGGAGAGAAACCAUUUAUUUGUGACAUUUGUGGGAAAGCGUUUUCUGACAAGAGCAAUUUAAAAAGUCACAAAAAAAACCACACAGGAGAGAAACCAUUUGUUUGUGACAUUUGUGGAACAGAUUUUUCAAGGAACACCAGCCUUAUUCGUCACCUGAGAGUCCACACUGGAGAGAAACCAUUUGUUUGUGACAGCUGUGGAAAGGUCUUUUCUCAGAAAAACAGUCUAACUGACCAUCACAGAGUCCACACUGGAGAGAAACCAUUUGUUUGCGACAUUUGUGGGAAAGCAUUUUCUCAUAAUAGCAAUUUAAGAAGUCACCAGAGAACCCACACUGGAGAGAAACCAUUUGUUUGUGACAUUUGUGGGAAAGCGUUUUCUCAUAAUGGCAAUUUAAGAAUUCACCAAAGAAAUCACACUGGAGAGAAACAUUUUGUGUCACAUGAAACCUUUCUGAAAAGCCAUCAGAAUGUAAAUACUGACAUGACUGAUGAGAAACCAUGUUUGCAGCGUUUGCAGAGUGGCCUUAUCAAUUAAAACCACUUUUUGGGGGAAGACUUCU